AUGGACGGGGACGUGCAUGAAGCCCCCAAAGCUAGCGCCAAUGCCUGCCUGGCAUGUCGGCGCGUGAAGAUGAAGUGCACCAUGACGCUGGACGCCGUCAAGUGCGAUCGCUGCGUGCGCAAAUCACUGGACUGUAUGUUCCGUGAACAUCGCCGGGGGAGGAAACCUGGCACGCGCUUGAUUAAGCCCAAUUCCAAGCGGGCGCUCGACUCGCCUCAAGGCCCAUCAAUCCCCGAGGGGAUAGCGCCCGAGGCUAUGGCGAGGCGCCUUAGCUCGCCGAAGGAAGAACGCGUUUCGGACUUUUGGGCGGAUUCCGAGGGGCUCCAGCCUAAUGGCCUAUUGAGCCACCAUGCGAUGAAGGGGAAGUUCUCAUUGCAGAAUAUUCUCAGUACCAAUCAUGGCUCGACGCCUGACCGACAGGUUGAGUCGGUUUCGCCUGACGAUCCAAUUCGGUGUGGUCUUGUCAGCUAUGAGCUUGCUCUUCGCUUAUUUGAGAGCUUCAUGACGAAAUUAAAUCCUUUUGUUAGUCAACUGGAUCCUCAUCUGCAUUCCUUCGAAUAUGUACGGCAAAAAUCCUCCUUUUUGUUCGGUGCAAUUCUCACCGCUGCAUCUAAAUCAUUUGAAACCUCAUUAUACCCCAGUCUACAUGAACAUGCCGAAAAGCUAUACAUGGAGGCUUUCCGGCGGGGAGAUAAGUCUGCCGAGACAGUCCAAGCAAUCAUGGUUCUUACUUAUUGGAAGGAACCCAAUGAUACAAGAGCCUGGAUGUCUGUUGGCCUUGCAAUUCGAAUGUCAAUAGAUCUGGGUUGGCAUAAAUUGGGACAUGGCCCCGCCAGGCAAGAGCAAUUGACCGAUAUUCAACAAAGAGAAAUUAGGAACGACGAACGGACGUGGUUGGUUUUGUUUGUGUACGAUCGCAGUAUGAGUUUGCAGACAGGGAAACCUUGGAUGAUUGAGAGGACUCCGUUUAUCGAGUCAGCACAAGACUGGUGGAAGCAUCCCCUCGCCAUUGAUAAUGAUCGACUUCUCUGCGCAUUUGUCACUCUCCGGCUGCUGGCAGCGGAGGUGUUCGACCUGUCCAGUCCUGGUGAUCACUUUCCAGCCCCUCGGCCGUUGUCAGUCCUUCAAAAUCGGAUCGAGCAAUGGCAAAAUAAGUGGCUUGAUGUAGUUGACCCAGGUAAACUUCCCCAUGGAAGCUGUCAUAACUUCAUGAUUCGAUUUUACGGUGCUCAUCAAUCUUUGCAACUUUUCUCCAUGCCUCUCCAGGAGACUUUGAAGAAUAAAACCUUCAAUGAAACCUCCGAUCUGAAGCCAUUCUGGAUCAGCUAUCACAGUGCAACGAACAUGUUGCGCUUGAUGGCUGAGAUUUCCCCUUUCUUAAGCCUUUGCCAAGAUUCUAUACAUGUUAUGACUGCCUACUCUGCAGUUCUGCUCAUCAAACUCCUUCUCUCUUCUCCCCCUGUGAUCAGCCAGGAAAUCGAGCCCGAUACAAUCGCAACAAUUCGUACAGCGGCAAACGUUUUCACCAGCCAGACAACACCCUUAAGUACAAGCUGCAGUCUUCAAUCCCGGUUCUUGAACAAUAUCCUCGGGGAGUUUGCAACCCUUCGACGCCCCCGUCCAACAGAAAGAACCAGAUCUAUCGGCCGACCACAUGGCUUUGUGGACCCUAAUGCUCCAUCAUCGAACGCCUCAUUCCCAGAUUCCCCUGCCACCGCCCCAUCCCAGCACUCUCCAAUCCACCAAACCGCGGAGACCCAUACCAUCCCCACAGCGAGGCCAUAUCCACCACCCAACCCUCCUAAUCCAGAUCAGGUCAUUAUACCGCCACAAAGCCAUCCUCCCCAUCCACAACCCCUUCAAGCCCAAUACUUCCACCGGCCAUCUAUCCCAAACGGCGACCCUAUUUACGACACGCCGAUGACUAGUAUUCCACAUGGACCAAAUGGUCUCCCCGCUGUCUCAAAUAUGGGCUACAAUAACCAAAUCGAUUCGUCCUCGAACUUCGUGUUUAGUGAUGAGGCUAUGUGGGUCGGUAUGUUCGCUAGUGCCGGAUUCAAUCUCCAAGACGGGGUCUUCUGUGGCUAA